AUGGCCGGAGUUGCGGCUCCAGGUCCUUCAGACUCAAAUCAGACUAACGCACCCACGCCAGGGUCUUCAUCCAUUGGUGCAGAGCCAGCAGGCGAUGCGGUCGUCCAAUCCAGCCAGAGCGGGGAGGCAGGUUCGGGGAGCGGCAAUGCGCAGCAAUCCCAGCAGCCAUCGCAGCAGCAGCAGCAGCAGCAGCAACCACAGCAGCCACACCCGGGCAUUUCGCAAACGCCAGAUCAGCUGCACCUGCAACAGCAGCAGCACCAGCAGCAGCAGCAGCACGUUCAGAUGGUUCCAGGAUCAGACCCUAACGGGAACGUGUUUUAUGCGGCGGGGAACGGAUUCGUUCCGCACUACUUUUAUGAUUAUUCCGCAGAUCCUGGAAGGUUCUCCCACGAGCAGUGGGAGGAAUACAUGCGCAUGGCCAAUAGCGGUGCUCCCGGAGGGGGCCCCCCUCUCGUCGGUCUCAUGCCUGAAGGCAUAGAAGGCCACCCUCCCCAGAUGUACGCGCCACACCACUUCCAGUUCCAGCCGCCCGUCUUCCCGCCGCCUGUUCCUCCCCCUCCUGCUGAUCCAUCGAAGCUCGCGGCGCUGCCCGAUCAGCUGACUCAGUCCGCCAGCUCGUCCGCGCCCGCACCCGCGGACGGCAUGGCGGGUCCCAUGCCGCUCCUUCCAGGCCAGCCCCUGCCCGCGGGGAUCGCCCCGCCGCCGCAUCUUGCGCACAUGCAGAUGCACGGCGUUCCCCCCAACGGCGUCAUGCCACCUCAAGGCGUCCCGCUCCCCGGCGGACCGCCGCCCCCCGGAGGCCCAGGCGCCGCACCGGGGGCGCCAAUCCCCAUGCGCGGUCCCCCUGGCGCGCACCUCGGAAACAUGCCCGCGGGCAUGCACGGCCGCGGCGGAAUGGGCCCCGGGGGAGUUGGCGGGCGUGGAAGGGGGGAUGGGGGCCGGGGAGGACGGGGCUGGGGCGGAGGCCCCGGUGGGUAUGACAAGGGGAGAGGCGGCAGGGGAGCGAGAGGUGCCAGGGGAGGGUAUGGCGGGUAUCCGGGGGGGAUGAUGAUGAUGGGCGCACCUGGUGGGGGGCGUGGGAUGCAAGGUAACGGGAUGCAUGAGGCGGUGAACGAGCAGAACCGCGGGCCUAGGACCAACCGGGCGGGGCGGGGGAAGCAGCCGCAGCAGGCCAUGGGGGCAGCAGGUGCGGCGGGUGCACCUGCUGACGGCAGUGCGCAGGCAGGAGCUGCUGCAGCGGCAGGAGCAGCAGGGGCACAGGGUGGGGUAGCAGGCAAUGCCGCUGCGCUCCCUGCCCUCGCUGGCACGCCCGGGUUCCUCGCGUUUCCUGGUAUGCCCGGCGGUCCCGCGCCUGGAUCGUAUGCCACUCCCGCCAUGGGAGGCCCCCCCGCCAAUCCUGCUGCCGCCGCCGCCGCCGCCGCUGGUGUUGCGGGCGUGGGCGCGCCGAACCCCUGGAGCCUUGUACAGGGUAUGGAGGAGAUCAAUAGGGCGGAUUUCCCGGUGACGUACCAGGCGGCGAAGUUUUUCGUGAUCAAGAGUUACAGCGAGGACGACGUGCACAAGAGUAUCAAGUACGGCGCGUGGGCGUCCACCCCCAACGGUAACAAGAGGCUCAACGCUGCGUUCCAGGAAGCUGCCGCGAAGACCGCUGCGACCGGGUCGCGAUGCCCCGUGUUCCUCUUUUUCUCGGUGAACGCGAGCGGGCAAUUCUGCGGAGUGGCGGAGAUGAUGUCUCCGGUGGACUUCCAGCGGUCGGUGUCGUUCUGGCAGCAGGACAAGUGGAACGGGCUGUUCACGGUGCGCUGGCACGUGAUCAAGGACGUGCCCAACGCGCACUUCCGCCACAUGAUCAUUGCCGCCAAUGAGAACAAGCCCGUCACCAACUCGCGCGACACCCAGGAGGUGCCGCAAGAGCAAGGGCAGCAGAUGCUGCGCAUAUUCAAGGAUUACAUGUCCCGCACCUCCAUUCUCGACGAUUUCGAUUUCUAUGACAAGAGGCAGAAGGCCAUGCAGGCUCGUAAGGAGCCUCAGAGCAGUGCACCGCAGCAACAAGCAGCAGCCGCGACUUGUGGCACAGACACUGCUGCUCAUGCGCGGAAGGAGGUGUCAGUCAAGGGGUGUGUCACAGUGGGUCAAGCUCCCGACAGGAGCGGAGCGGAAGCCUUCCCUUCCCAGCUGUCAUUUGAUGGGGUUGAUGGGGUGAGGUCAGGUUAA